UAUCGAUAUUUUUUUCGAUACAUGAAAAGAAUAUUUCAUACAUUUAAAUCGAGUUUUCGAGUUUGUAAGAUUAUGUUAAUUCAGUCAUUUAGAUUCCUUCCACCACGAUGUUACGGAAUCGAUUACUGGACAACAUUCAUCAAUGUCAACGAUUAAAGUCAUUAUCAUUGUCGACGGCUGCCGAAAUUCCGAAAGAAUUUAUCAAAACAGUAAAAUUUCGUACUUGUAUCAAUGUUUAUGAUGAAUUAAGAUUGCGAUUACCUCAAUUUUAUAGAAAAUCGCCAACUGAAGGUGUUGAUCUUACAAUUGAUUAUGUUGAUACUCAAUCAAAUCAAAAACCGAAAAAAACAAUUGUAGCUCUUCAUGGUUUGGCCGAUUCUUAUCGAACAUUCACUCCAUUAAUUCGCCAUUUUCAAAAUCGACCAGAUGUACGGAUUGUUGUGCCAAAUUUUCCCGAUUUUAGUCAUACACGUGCAACUAAUUAUUCAUUUUGGCAUUCAAGUGAUGAAAAAUAUCAAUUACUACAGGAUUUAUUUCGUAUUUUAAAUAUUAACAUUAUUGAUUGUCUGGUUUCCCAUUCGUUUGGAAGUCAACCAACUUCGGCGUUGUUGCAAAAACCGCAAGAUUUACAAAUCAGAUCAUUGGCAAUGAUUGCACCACAAUUUUUAUUAUAUAAUUUAAGUGAUAAUACAUAUAAGAUAUCAAAAUUGAUGCUACUUAUGUCAAGAUCAGAGCUUUUAUCUCGCCUGUUACACAGAAUGAAAAUUCAUCAAUCUAAACACGUACCGUUCAAGUUUACCAAUAUCGAUGAAUAUUUUCAUUUAUCUACUCUCGUUUUGGAUCGACAAGCAUUCAAGGAUUCACGGGCAAGAGUUCAAUCAAUUAAUGCAAUGAAAUUACCCGGUUUCAUCAUGUAUUCAUCUGAUGAAAAAAUAAUAUCCAAGCUUGCACAACAAGAAUUAUAUAAAUUGCUCAACAUAAAUGAUGAUCAAGCGAUUCAUAUAGAUCGAGAUGAUCCCGAAAUAUUUGCUUCCAAUUUUUCGUUUAAUAAUUCAAUGAAAAAAAUCAUUAUAAAAGAUGGACGCCAUUUACCGCAUCAAAAAUGUCCUAAUAUUGUGAAUUUUUUGAUUGAAAAACUUAUCAAUGAAUGUUGACGAAUAAAUACAUUUUGUUUUUAAUAAAAAAUUUAAUUUUCGA